AUGUCGUUGCAGCUGGGAUCAUCUUCCCUCAAAGGCCGGCGCGCAUUGGUUUGUGCGAGCACUCGAGGUUUGGGACUUGGAACGGCCAAAGCGUUGCUACAGCUGGAAGUUGACUCUGUGGCGAUCAACGGACGAACUACUGAAAGCGUCAAGGCGGCCAUUGACAAACUCAUUCAAGACUCAGACGAUCAGUCCAUAGAUCAGCAACGUCUCGUUGCGGCGCCCGGAGAUGUCUCCACGCAGGAAGGACGCACUGCGGUCUUGAAAGCGGCGGGACCGGUCCAAAUCUUGGUCAACAAUGCGGGAGGACCUCCUCCGGGAGAUUUCGAUUCUUUUGAUGAAUCCGCAUGGCACGCAGCACUCGAACAAAACAUGGUGGCACCACUCAUGCUAGCCAAGGCUGCCAUUCCUUACAUGAAGGACAAAAAAUGGGGACGCAUUGUCAAUAUUACCAGUGCGUCAGUCCGGGCACCCAUUCCAAUCUUGUGCUUGAGCAAUGGAGCCCGUGCCGGACUGACGGGAGCCAUGGCAGGAAUUGCCAGGCAAGUAGCCUGUGACGGGAUCACCGUCAACAAUGUCCUGCCGGGACAGCAUGACACGGAUCGAUUGCGGAGCAACCACGAGACAUUGGCAGCACGACAGGGUGUGGAAGUAGCUCAGGUAAGGAAAGAAGCUCAAAACAAAAUACCCACCAAGUCUUUUGGGGAUCCCAAUGACUUUGGAGCCAUUGUGGCUUUCUUGUGCACAGACCAAGCCAAGUUUAUUGUCGGGCAAAAUAUCAUGGUGGAUGGCGGAGCCGCCAACAUCAGUAUCUAA